CGGUGGUGCCGGCGGCCGGGCGCGGUGCCUGCCACCUCCCUAGACCCCCGGCAGGACACCGGCGGCCGCCGCGGGCCCAGGCCGGGAACGACACGCAGCCUCCCGGCGCGCGGCCCCGGCGGACGGCGGGUGGCGGCGGCGGCGGCGGCCCGGACACCCGGGCCGCGCCGGAACGGGCGGAAGGAUGCUGGGGAAGAAGAAGCCGGGGGUCGCGGCGGGCUGCGGGCGGAGCGGCGAUCUGCAAGCGGACGAAGCGCAACGGAACAAGAAGAAGAAAAAGAAGGCGUCCUGCUUCUCCAACAUCAAGAUCUUCCUGGUGUCCGAGUGCGCCCUGAUGCUGGCGCAGGGCACGGUGGGCGCCUACCUGGUGAGCGUGCUGACCACGCUGGAGCGCAGGUUCAACCUGCAGAGCGCGGACGUGGGUGUGAUCGCCAGCAGCUUCGAGAUCGGGAACCUGGCGCUGAUCCUCUUCGUCAGCUACUUCGGGGCGCGCGGGCACCGGCCCCGCCUCAUCGGCUGCGGGGGCAUCGUGAUGGCGCUGGGCGCGCUGCUGUCGGCGCUGCCUGAGUUCCUGACCCACCAGUACAAGUACGAGGCGGGUGAGCUCCGCUGGGGCGCCGAGGGUCGAGACGUGUGCGCCCCCAACGCCUCGGAGGGCCCCCCUGGGCCCGCCCCGGACCUCAUCUGCCGGAACCGGACGACCACCAACAUGAUGUACCUGCUGCUCAUCGGCGCGCAGGUGCUGCUGGGCAUCGGUGCUACCCCCGUGCAGCCCCUGGGGGUCUCCUACAUCGACGACCACGUGCGGAGAAAGGACUCCUCGCUCUACAUAGGGAUCUUGUUCACCAUGUUGGUGUUCGGACCAGCCUGUGGGUUUAUUCUGGGCUCUUUCUGUACCAAAAUCUAUGUGGAUGCCCUCUUCAUCGACACAAGUCACCUGGACAUCACCCCCGAAGACCCGCGCUGGAUCGGAGCCUGGUGGGGCGGCUUCCUGCUCUGCGGUGCCUUGCUCUUCUUCUCCUCCCUCCUGAUGUUCGGGUUCCCCCAGGCGCUUCCCCCCCACGCAGACACCACCCUGGAGAGCGAGCGGGCCAUGCUCCCCGACAGAGAGUACGAGCGAGCCAAGCCCAGCAACGGGGUGCUGAGACACCCCCUGGAGCCCGACAGCAGCGCCUCCUGCUUCGCACAGCUGAGAGUGAUCCCCACCGUCACGAAGCACCUGCUCUCCAACCCCGUGUUCACCUGCAUCACCCUGGCGGCCUGCAUGGAGAUCGCGGUGGUGGCCGGCUUCGCCGCCUUCCUGGGCAAGUACCUGGAGCAGCAGUUCAACCUCACCACCUCCUCUGCCAACCAGCUGCUCGGGAUGACGGCCAUUCCGUGUGCCUGCCUGGGCAUCUUCCUCGGGGGCCUCCUGGUGAAGAAGCUCAGCCUGUCGGCCCUGGGCGCCAUCCGCAUGGCCAUGCUGGUCAACCUGGUGUCCACCGCCUGCUACGUCUCCUUCCUCUUCCUGGGCUGCGACACGGGGCCCGUGGCGGGGGUGACCGUCCCCUACGGAAACACCUCGGCCCUGGAUCCCCACUCGCCCUGCAAUAACAACUGCGCGUGCCAGACGGACUCGUUCACGCCCGUGUGCGGGAGCGACGGCACCACCUACCUGUCUGCCUGCUUCGCCGGCUGCAACAGCACGAAUCUCACGGGCUGUGCGUGCCUCACCUCUGUCCCCUCUGAGAACGCCACCGUGGUCCCUGGGAAGUGUCCCAGCCCCGGGUGCGAGGAGGCCUUCCUCACCUUCCUGUGUGUGAUGUGCGUCUGCAGUAUGAUCGGCGCCAUGGCCCAGACGCCCUCCGUCAUCAUCCUCAUCAGGACAGUCAGCCCUGAGCUCAAGUCUUACGCCCUGGGAGUUCUGUUUCUCCUCCUCCGUUUGUUGGGCUUUAUCCCCCCACCCCUGAUCUUCGGGGCGGGCAUCGACUCCACCUGCCUCUUCUGGAGCACGUUCUGUGGGGAGCAAGGCGCCUGCGCCCUCUACGACAACGUGGUCUACAGAUACCUGUAUGUGAGCAUCGCCAUCGCGCUCAAGUCCUUCGCCUUCAUCCUCUACACUACCUCCUGGCAGUGCCUGAGGAAAAACUAUAAACGCUACAUCAAAAACCACGAGGGCGGGCUGAGCACCAGUGAGUUCUUUGCCUCUACUCUGACCCUAGACAACCUGGGGAGGGACCCCAUACCUGCGCACCAGGUACAUAGGACAAAGUUUAUCUACAACUUGGAAGAUCAUGAAUGGUGUGAGAACAUGGAAUCCGUUUUAUAGUGACUCCAGGAGGGCUGAACUCUGUACUAGGAAAUCAAAGGGUCCUUUUUUUCUUAAAAAAAAAAAAAAGAAAGAAAAAAAAGUGUACAAAACAGUAAUAAAUUCAAUACACACAGAGACGAAGUCACACAGCACACACACACACACACACACACACACACACACACACACACGUUCAAGUUGAGAACAUUGCCAGGUGGCACUGGACUGGAGUGGCACACGCCCCAGCCGGCCUCUCAUUUCAUGUGACAGUGGGGUGCGCAGACCCGGAGUUAUCAAGGCUCUGCGCGCCUCUUAACUCUUGCAAUAUGGGUCACUGGGUAGAGGGGUUCCCCCCACACACACACACCCCAAGUCUGCCCGUGGCUUUCGGGGCUCCAGAGUUCCCUCCUCAAUGCUAACCAGUGAGCCAUGCUGGAGUCUGUCCUUGACCUUUCUCACCAGCUCCAUGUUCACGUUCAAGAUGGAGGCCCCCCGGGGGGAGGCUGGCUAGCGGAGGCCAGCACUUCUUCGGGGGUGCCACCUCCCAGCCUUGCACAGUGUGACUCAGGAAGUGGCUGGUCUCACCUAGCUAUGACUGACCUGCUCAGAGCCGGUGAGCCCCAACAUAGCCCAACUCAUUUGCUUACAUUUGCCAAACAUUUUUCCAUAUUUUUUCCAAAAAAAAUCAACCAACAAUACAAUGCAUAUGAAUUUCAAACUGUUGUUGUAUAAUCUUCUAAUCCUAUUUUUAACAACUAUUGUCGGUGUUAACCCUCCCAUCACUAACACAGUUCCACAGGCCCGCCGGAUUUCUUAGGCUGGUUGCUUUUUACUUUCCUCCUUUCAAAAGAAAAAAGAAAAGACACCAAAAAAAAAAAGAUCAUGUGAUUCCAAGGGUGCAAUUCACUGACUGUCAUUUUUUUUUAAUAUUUUUAUCCUCAUUUGUAUACUCUGCAAAACAAGUGUAGAUAAUGUAUGACAAGGAGAAGAGGGAGAGAAAAUGCUUCCAAAAA